AUGCUCAGCAGACCCAUCAGAGCCAGCCAACAAUCAUUAUGGGGAUUUGGUGCCGCGUAUACCCAUACCACACCUAGCGAACGUGUAAUUAUUGAACUUACUUAUCGUAUCACUUUUGAGCGAGAGAGACGGCAUGCAGGAAAUGCAGGCAUACAUGUAAUCUACAUGUAUAUUCUACUACUACAUCUAUCCUCAGUGCAGUUCGAAUUCAUCGCGAGCUCUGCAGAGUGUAUGCAAGAUGGGUGCUUUAAAUAUAACGAUGAGGCAUAUUUACAAAUUGCCCUUACCGAAGGUCAUAUACUCAACGUAUAUGCGGCUACCAAGAAAGAACCCUUGUGCGGGAGCACCCUUGCUCGAUAUAAAACGUGGUGGCGACCGGUGCAAGGGACAUCUUCCUUCAUGCUGUUAUCCCGCCAGAACAAGGCUUUCAGAUUCUUCAUGUCCGUAGACAAGGCUGAAAAACUCAUUCAGUUUGCCUCAACUUCCAAGGCCGAAUCCAUGAUACAGGGUUAUUUCAUACAUUGCUGUAGCCUCGAUCGAAACAGGCACUCUACCUUCACUGGCGUUCCGCACCAAAUCUUGCAGAAUUUACGUCAGCUGAACGGCGCUACUCCCUUGCAGUGUUAUACGUCAAAUAUCUUAGUUCAAAUAGGGAACCACACGCACAAUUCAGUUUGUGGCAAAUAA